UUUUUACUUUUUUAGUUCUGCUCCUCAUAGCUCAUGCUCAGUGGCUGUGAUGACCUUGUGGAAUUCUUUCGCUGGUAGAUUCUUCUCCUGCCGCAUGCCAUCCUAAACUGGUCACUUGCUGCGAGUUGCUAGUUUGCAUUGUACUGAGAAAGGUUGUUUGCUAUUUGGUCCUAUUUUGAUGUUCUCCUCGCUUGGAUCAGCAGUUUGAAGAGCUACAAGACUAGUAUAACGUUGGUUCCGCAUAAUGGACUGUCUGUCUCCUGCAUCGAGAGCAGAAAUUCAGGCAGAAACAGCGGCAGCGUAGUGAGCGAGUGGCUUACUGUAGCCACCUUGAUGCUCGAUCGCUGCUGCUGUCCGACAGCAAACGAGGCUGGAAGUAGACCGGAGGCGGACUGCCUAUCCGCUGGGCUAGCGUGCCGUGCCGCCGCUUGUGCAUUGAAAAUGGGUAAUGUCGAAUGCUGUGCCAGACUUUCGGACGAGGAGCGUGCAGCCGUAGCGCACAGCAGGACCAUCACCCAAGCUAAUCGCCAGGAUUAUGCACGGCAAUCUUCGGUGAUAAAGCUACUACUACUUGGGGCUGGAGAGUCAGGAAAAAGUACUAUCGUCAAACAGAUGAAGAUAAUCCACACGUCAGGGUUCACGCGAGAAGACUGCUUGGCAUUCAGGUAUACGCUGCACACGAAUUUGAUCGAGUCAUUACGGUCGAUUGUUCAAGCAAUGGAUCUUCUUGUAAUUGACUUUGAACAGGAGAGUAACGUUGAACUUGCUGCUGACCUGGCCAAUAUGGAGCUGAAAGAGGGAGAGUUGCUCAAUGUUGAACAGAUGGAGAUGCUGCAAACGUUAUGGCGUGAUGCAGGCGUCCUGCGAUGCUUUGGUCGAUCGAGGGAAUAUCAACUUAGUGACGGUGCUAGCUUUCUCCUUGACAACAUCGACAUGUACAAAGAUGAGGAGUUUGUGCCACGCGAAGAGGAUAUCCUGCACAUCCGUGUUGAGACGAAAGGCAUCAUUGAGGUGAAUUUCACCUACAAGGAAACUCAGUUCGUACUGUUUGACGUUGGUGGACAGCGAAGUCAGCGGCGCAAAUGGAUACACUGUUUUGACAACGUCAUGGCAAUCAUCUUCUGUACUGCACUCUCUGGCUAUGAUACCGUACUGGUCGAGGACGGAACAACAAACCGCAUGAUUGAAAGCUUGAGCAUCUUCCAGUCAAUCUGCAACAGCGAGAUCUUCGAGAAAACCAGUCUUCUGCUCUUCCUGAAUAAGACCGAUCUUCUCCGGAGGAAAGUCCAGGAUUCGCCACUAUCCACUUGUUUCCCAGAGUACAAAGGUCCUAAUGAUUAUGAAUCCGUCGCAGCCUUCAUAGAAAUCAAAUUCCUGGAAACGAACCGCAAACGGCUCCAGGAAAAGAUCUAUGUGCAUCGGACGUGUGCCACGGACACCACCACGGUUAAGAGUGUGUUCCGUGUGGCUGCGCAGGCCAUCAUGCGUGAGAACUUGGAGCGGUGCGGCCUGAUGUGAUCAUGCAGUCACACAAUGCUGCUGGGACGCUAGCUGACGAUAGAUAAUGAACGUGGCCAGAAAUGGUCAGCGCAAUUGAUUCCAUCCUGGCUUUUCGUGCCGAUAUGGAUCGGCUCACCAGCUCCGUGGCUCAAGCAGGUUAGAAUCUGCUAAAAUGAUAUAGGCAUGUAUGGUCAUGGGCUUUAUCCGAAAUGAUAAAAUGACGAGUGCCCCGACACUCUUGCUAAUCUUCAUUGUUCUAUUUAGGUGCAAUGGCGUUGAAUGGAAACAAGUAUACCGGCCUAUUUCAUGUUGCUGUUGUCUGACAGACGUACGCCAUCGCAGUAGUUUUUCUCCACUGGUGUAGUAUACGGAGACAGCAGCAGCACUCCAGCAAGAAAAUCGACAUUAUUAUAUUUCCACCAUUUUGUUGGUAUUCCUGCGUCUUGAGUGACUUUUCCAAGUGUUCCUUUUUCAAUUGUCAAAAAGCUAAAAUUCAGUGGCCAGGAGGCUUGGAGGGUUGUAUUAGAAUAUUAAUUUCUUCAUUGAUUUUCUUCUAUUUUCUUUCCCAUCAUAUUUUUUUAAAGAAUAGCAUUAUGUAAUAGGAUUAAUUUGUGGUAUUGACUCCAGAGCCACCGAUAGUGUCUUGAGUAGUACAGAGAAUGUAUGCACUGUUCAAAGCUCUAGGUUUUAAAACUUUUUCUCUUUCCCUAUGUAUUGCGAUUAUUGUUCCUUGCUGAGUCAGUAGCCAAGUCGUUCUUGUCAACAACAAUAAAAUAGAAGGCAUGCUUGCAUGCCGCGGAUAA